AGCUGCGUGCAACUUUAUGUUUUUGUCAAGGUUCCCACCUUCGUUAUAAAAGAAGUGCGAGUGCUUGGAAACUGCCACAGAGCCGACUGCCCUCUAAGAGUUGCUGUUCGUUCCAAGACAACAUCGCAGGAUGCUGGUGCCGCUGGUUAUGUCCCUAGUAGUGGUCUGUUGCCAAGUAACACCGUUAGAUGCCACGGACGCGUCCAUCAGGACGUUUGGAGAGUCUGGCCCUGUGUGUACAAGGAAUGGUAAGCGCUGUGUCACACAGGCCAGGUGCGACAACACCAGCCAUGACUGCGUCUGUCCGGCCGGCCACAAGGGCGACGGCACCAUCGAGUGCAUCAGGGACAACCAGGAGCUGUGUCUGUCGCUGUCUGAUCCUCACGUCCGGACGUUUGGGGGCGCUGCUGCCACCCUGGCCUUUCCCUGCAGACAUCGCUUGACCCGCUUCACCACUCCCAACACUGCCGGCAACCCGGGAAGUGCCGUCUGUGCUUUUGAGGUGUUUGGAGUGAGCAUAAUGACGGCCGAUGGCAGGUUUUACGAGCGACAGAUGGAAAUAAGUCUUGCAGUGGGCGACUUUGUCGACCAGGAAUUCGUGCAAGCUGACAUCAGGAAAAUGGGAAUAAAUCAGAAAAACGUCUUCGACUUCUUCUUCAGCAAUAAAGGGCAACUUACACCAUGGGGUAGCACCGUGCAUGACACCUGGAACGGAGUGAACAUCUUCUGCACCUUUGACUUCGAGAACAACUUCGCCAUCCUGGAGGUCAAGGAGUGUGACGUGCGCUUUAAGUUUCGCCCCCAUAAUUCCACUGUAUCUGCACUCAUCACCCAAAUUCCUGGAAUCACCAUCGCGGUACCUCGGAGUGCGACUUUCACAUUAAAACAUGGCGGGUUCCCUGCCUCCCUGUGUGGCACACUUGACGACCACCACAACCUGUACAAAGACAAGGCGGCAGAACUGGGCUUUACCGACCUUUACUUACUACUUACCUAUCAAGUUCUCAAAAGUGCAAUUCAUCAAAACGUAGAUGACAUUUAUCAUUCGGAGUGCACGAACUCCAUCAGUCUUCUCAAGGGUUGCGGUGACCAGGUGAAGGCCGUGCAGGUGUGCGGGUCAUUACUGGGAGAGAGGAAGACCCUGCGGUGCCUGCUGGACAAGGCUGUGAACCCGAUGGCGACGUUCGUGAACUGCUUGCAGAGCGUUUGCACGGGUAGUCACUCGGCCUGCCAGACCGUCCAGAAUGAUGUCAGCGGCUGUCACACCUCGAAACUAAUCAAGCAGCUUACUUGUUAGAUACACACCCGCUGGUCCGACCUCACCAGCCCUGCCUCCUCUUCCUGACCUCUUCAUGGCGAUGCUGCUGCUGGUGCUGCCUCCCUGGCCCAGACUGUUCCAGACGAAUUGUCAAGCAAUAAGAAAUCCUACAUUCUUCGAAUAAAGUCAUGAACUACUA